UAUUAAUAGUGAUGAAGUGAUAAUAAAAAAAAAAACGCCGUAAUUAUCUCCCCCAACUACACAAAAAAACACAAACAUCAUUUCAGUCUCCUCACUCUCAACAACACCAAAAAUUUAGGGUUUCAAAUCUCUCUGUUUCUAUCUAAAACCCUAACGAAAUGAGUGAUUUAUAGACCAAAUGAAGCUCGAAUAACCGGAAUUGGUAGUUAUAUAAAAGCUUCAGACUUUUGAAGGAAAAUCUAUAUAUCAUCAUAGCUGCAGAAUAUGGACCCGGUGAACCAUGAAGUGACGCACGAUGCCUCACCAAUGGGUACAGAAAAACGAAAACGCGGCCGCCCACGAAAGGAUCCUAGUGAAAAGCGAGCUCAAAAGAUGCGCUCACAAACUGCUGCUCGUAUGCCUUCUGGUUUUGUACAAUUGAACAAAGCUCCACGGGUUGACCCGAUCAAUGAUCCAACUGAAGUUAUGAUUGGACAGACUGUCACUGGUGUUGUUGAAGCAACUUUUGAUGCUGGUUACCUACUCGCUGUCAGGAUCGGGAACUCAAAUAUUACAUUGAGGGGUGCUGUUUUCAAACCGGGACACACUGCUCCUGUCACACCUGAAAAUGACGUGGCACCUCAUGCUGAAAUGAUCAGAAGAACCGAAGUUCCAUUCCCAGCAGAGCUUCUGCCUAAGCGUAGACGCAAACGUCGAUCAAAAGAGAAAAGUAUGCAGCUUGUGGCUUAUGCAGGGAACGGAGGCGACCCGGUGCGUCCUAAUUCACCACCUAAAGGGAACUAUGUUCUAGCCCCUUCAGUCCCAUCAGUUGGUGCGAGAGGAACUGUUGUCCCCGUCGUUCUUCAACCACUUAACCUAUCAAAUGGUUUAUCGACCAAUCAACCCGCACCUCAUUUGAGGGCUGCACAAGGCAAGCCAGUGCACUCAGUUCUGCCAUUGGCGGUUUGCCCACCGAAUGGCUCAACAAGCCAAGUAUCUGAGUCUCAAACUAGCUCCCCGUUUACAGUUACACCCACGGGGUCCGGAAAUGAUAACGCUUCUUUCAGACAAACAGAAGCAGCUAAGGCGAAUAAAUCAAAUGAUGCGCAUGAUCCAGUUGUGAAAACAGAAUUAGAUGUUGGGGACAUGAAUGAGCCUCUUUUUGUCGAACCCCUGCAAACUCGACACACAGUUCAUCAUUUCCAACCUCCACCUGGAAUGGGAGCUGUGAUGCACAGUGGAACUGGGAGAAUGACGGAGCUUUUGCAGGCUGUUCAGCAGAAUAUCGGUGGUGAUGACCACGGUUCUCGAAAUGGACAUCCAGCCGGAGUUUAUAACAUGAGUCGUAACAGAGAUGAUGAAACUGGUCAGGCCGGAAGGAUGUAAGCUAAGUCGAUAUAUGGUAUUUUCUCCAGAUAUUGAAUGCUAUCAAGAUUUGUUUGGGGGUUGACCGCAAGUGCAGAAAACGUUCGUGGACUUUGUUUUCAUCUUAUAGUGCAAAAGAACAGCUAGUGUUAGGAUCAGUUUGUUUACUGUCAUAGAGAAGCCCUUGUUUAUGUUUUCUGAAAUGAGAAAGAUUGGCUUGCUAACUUUGUUAAACUUUGGUAAAAAUUAGAAGUUUCGUAAGUAAUGUAUGCAAGAAAAGAUGAUUUCUUUUUCAUUUCAUUAAACAAGUAGUGUUUUGAAUAAGGUUAUGUUUGUGUUGUGUA